AUGGUUGGAGAAAUCGGAGAAGAACCGAACCAUCUUUUUGUAGAGUCUUCAAGCGAAGUGAUCGGAUUCAAGAAUCCCUCAGCGAGAUCUACUGAUGUACCGCUUCGCUCCCAACAACACAAGUUUCCCGUCCAAAUAUCAACGACUACGGAUUCAUUCUCAUCUGAUGUUGAACGAGUCGGCUCACUGGACGGUAGAGCUUUACCGGCGUUGAAGAACGCCCAAAAGUCCAUUAAAUGGACUACUAAUAACAAGAUCAGAAACGUCUCAACUAUGCAAAAACUUAGGUUCGCCAUGAGGCGUUCGGCAAGACAACACAACGUCUUAAAAUCAUCACAUGGUACUGGAAUGCCUCCAUCAGCUUCUGUUUUGAAAGAUAGCACAAGCAUGGAGGCUUUUGCGUUCCAGAAAGCCCCACCAUCAUCUAUCACGGGUUUACCACACAAGACGAAAAUCACAGCGCAUUUCAAGUUGACGAUUUUACCAACUGAAGAAACGGUUAUUCCGUCAGUCGAUGCGGCUGAUGCAGAAUCAGAUUUGCUUUCAAAAGAAGGCAACACUACUGAACAGGAUGACCAGAAAUCUUCCCGCAGUAAUGAUAAGCAGGACAGUUCUUCACCAGAUGGCGAACCAAAGGUGGAUGGACACAAAGGGUCAACACGACAUGCCGGCACAUCAGCAAUGCCACAACACAAGAUGGCUGUUUAUCCUGGAGUGAAGGCAUCUUCAGGGCUUCGUUGGAAAGCGGCUUACGAUCCCGUCAAGUUAGAUGACAGUAAAAAAGGAAAACAUUUCAAAAUCAAGAAGAAGAAAUUACAAUCGGAGGAUGAAGAGCCAGUAGAGUCGACUUCACCGGCAGCCACUAUUGCAGGAAUCUUGGCAGGGAUUUUGAUGUUAUUGUUUAUUUUCACUGGUGUUCCUCGUCGACUUUGGGGAAUUUGUAAGAAACGAUGGCGACGACGUUAUAAACGUGAGAUGGGAUUAAAUUUCCCCUCAACUGGUUACCUCAGUGAAGAACUGAGCGAGGAGGAAGUCAUAUUUGACCGGACAAACACAAGACGUAACAAGGGCGCUAGUCCUGUGGCAACACCAACGACGUCUCCAAGAAGAUCACAAUCAGUCCCUUUAUCUCAAUCGCCUGAUCAUCCGACACAAGAACAGAAAAUAUGGACACUGACCGACACACCAAGGUCAACUCCAUUGAUUGCCGUUCCUACACUCGAUGACACUCCUAAGACAGAGGUUUGGACGGUUAAUGAGAUUCCUGAGACAAAAUCCCUGGAUUCUUCAUUCACAACAUCGUCUUUGUCUGACUUACAUGUAUCAACUGAAACGCCCUUGACAUCUGUGUCAAGCAUCUCACUGGCAUCCGAAACGGAAAUAGGUGAUUCUGAUUUGGCGAUCGAGACCCGUUCAUCAGCUACGGCUUUUGACCUGACAGACAACACUGUCCACAGUCCUCUUCCGUUUACAACUCAACCAAGGCCUGGUCUAUCUGCAUCAUCCGAACAGACAACCCUUGCGUCCUCACUCUCGCCACACCCAUCUAAGCCCAGCUUGUCUUUACUGCCUACUGUUUCCGAUGAAUCGACACCUAGCGUCUUCAUGGCAAGCGAUGGUACCAGUUCCUCAACAGAGUCCUGUAAGACACCUGUUGCUGCACGUAAUGAAGUCGUGAUAACUAUGGAGGACGAUGACGAGGAAAUUGACAACUCAAGAGACAAAUCAGAAAGCGAGGUGCUGAGUGCAGUCAAAGAUGCCGACAAAGAAUCAAGCAAGGAAGAAGUGGUGAUAACGAUGGGGCCUGAUUAUGAUGACGAGGAAUCUUCGGUGAUAUCUGACAUUGAAUCUGAAUCCUCUUUUGGAGAAAUGAGUUACACGAGCCAAGAAGCAGAAAUGAAAAAUGCGACAACAAGUGAUGCUAUCAUCGAUAUUACGGGAAGUGAUAACGACGAUGAAGAGACGUCUGCUGUCAAUGAAAAGUCCAACCAAGGUAAGUUGCUACUAGCUAGAUCAGGAUGUUAACUUACUUUUCGUUUGUGUUUGACAUUCAAGCAAUUAACCUCAACUACCGGACAAUAAUUGGUGAAGAAGUAAUUAAUUAACGAAGGGUGAGGUGGUGGAGGCCUAAUCGUUUUCGUCCCUCCCUCUCUCAGUACGUCUGAUGGUUAAAUUAACAUGUCAGACCAUACUUUAAAUUUUAGAGGAAUCAUUAACAUUGAUGAAAAAAAUAGGAAUUGGAACUUGGAAACUAAAAGAAGUUGGAAGCUUUGAAAACUGAUUUUAAUUUAAUAAUAUAACGAACAGUCUGUUCUUGUCCACAGAUGGAACGCCGCUAUUGACUCUUCCAACAAUUCCACCGCCAACAGCAUCAACAGACUUACCGCAAGGUAAAGAUCAGAGGUUGAACAAAGUUAAUCAACGCCAGGCCUUGUAUUUAGAUUAAAUGAGAUCACUAAUCUUACAAACUACGAAGAAAAGAAAAAAAAAAUUGGCGUAAUUGGUUGGUAACAGUCUGGACAGAAUAGAUUUCCAAAAAAAAAAAAAACAAUACAGACAGACAGACAGACAGACGAACGGACGGACGAACAGACGGGUGGACAACUGCAGACUUUAGCUACUUUAUAUUUGUAGAAAUAACAGUAAACAUUUUACAGUAUAUUUGGGGGGAAAAAAUCGCACGCGAGAAGGGGAGAAAUCUCCGUCGAUAGGUUAUUAUUCCACUCCUAAGCAUAUUCCGUUAGGCAAUGGCUUGUAGACCACUUCUGCAAACACGUGUCGUGUACGUUUCAGGAAAGGUUCUGACUGGCGGAAGAAAGGCUUUGGAGAACCGACGUUUCAUCAAACAUCUGAUAUCUGAGCAGGAUUUAAGUGGAUUCAAAAGUGACUUGAACGCGGCAAUUUCACGGAUUCUGGGCGAAAAGAAAAACCUUGUGGACAAAAACAAAGUAAAGAGGCUUGUGAUCAAACACCAAACCAAGGAAACAAAGCACUCAUUGGCUGAGAGCAUUUUGCGCGCAAAGGUACGCGACAUACAAGUGUAGAGUAUGAAAUUGUCAUUGAGGGUUACGAAUGGAAAGGCAGACAUACAUUUUCUUUUUUAGAGUCUUUCAAGGCUGGGUUGAUGAAGACGUAAAACUUUUAGUGGGAAACGAUUAGGUGGUGUCGCGACACCUGAUUGAUAAAAACGAUAUAUCGGUUUUUGACCUAUAGUGAGGUCUUGAACACAAGAGUAAUUUCUUCUUUUGCGUAUGUAAGGACAGAGACGCGGUCAAGGUUCCUAAAGACACUUAAAAAAACAGCAACAACCAGACCAUUUUCAGUCAUCUUGACUAGCCAAGUUUUAUGCAUGGGCAGACCAUUUCUAGCGAGACAGAACGAGCAGUCCCGACCGUACAACACGGUUCAUUGUUUGCUUGUUCGGAGAGCCAAUCAAAGCACAUGAUUUGAUUCAUAUCAGGCUCUCUCGCGGAGCUAACCAAAUUGAUGACAAAUCUGUAAAUGGAUUGCUCUCAUUCUCAUUACUUCAUUAUCUACUUUACAUUUCAUUGCUUUGUCGAAAGAAAGAGGGUGGGGAUUUUUCUGAAGACUGAGGGUGCUCAACGCAGUAAGAUCUAUAUGUUGUUUUUUCCUUCUACAGUCAAUGAUUAUGAACGAGAAUGUGGACAGAGAACGCAACAAACGAUCAUCCAUGUGCCGCCACCUGAUCAAGCGCACACUUAAGUACCCAGGCCGACCCAAGCAAACCCUUGCUCAAGAAAUCGCUUUUGCAAAGGACAUAAUUUUACUAGGCCGCGCUCAUCCAAGAGAUGCCGCGGGUCCUAAGGCCAAGCGAGAGGUACGACGGGAAGACGAAUCGAUGACGUCUUUGGAUAGGGGUGCUUCAACUAGCAACUCCGCAAAGAUACGAGUGUUGAACCACAAGGAUUACAAAACAUGGAAGGUAAUAAUUAAAAGUAUCUACGCUUUCGGUAGCAUAACAGGCCUUUUGGAAACAAGGUUCGUAUUUUCGCACGUGGCAGUGCAGUCAAGCUAAAAUAUUUGUUCGCUUAUGGAAAGACCACACAAGUCUGAUAUGGCGUGAUGGAAACUAGGGAAAAAUGUGCAAGUUGUUUCCCUUGCUAGCCUCAGUGUUCCUUGUUCCGUCGCAGGCGAUUGAAACAGUUAUGUAGCAGCGGGGUGGGGGUUGGCGGGGUGUGUGGUGGGGGCAUGGGUAUAAAUGUUAUUCGUUAACAGCGACAACAACUGACAUUUUUUUCUUUUUUUUACACUUUUGAAAACAGGAACUUCAGAAGGAUAUUAAGAUGAAGAAAGCGCGAGGGAUCAAGCCACGUGACGUGUUGCAAGGCUUGCAGGCCAUUCGAGAUAUUUAUAAUUUGCCUCGCAUUCCUGUUGAUCCAGAAGGUGGAUGUCUCUGCUAUUACUGUGAAAAGCACAUCAAGAGAGCUCGACGGGGGAAGUUUUUUAAACUACCCAGGUAAGUACCUAUUCCCUUGUUUCAUCAGAAUACCUGUCUUUUACAGCAAAGAUGUUAUCAAACCCCGUUGUCGAUAAAAUAUAGAGCUAAAGUAGUUAAGCGUCAAACAAAGAAAGCAAAACUGACGUGAGUUUUUA